CGUGAUCAACAACGUUAAAAACAAGGCUUGCAGUGAAGAACAAGCUCCAUAUCAGAAAGUAGAAAGUACUCUGAAGAUUGCAACCUUCUCUGACGAACGGGCUGACUCUUAAUUUCUUCACUCAAAAAUGGAAUAUUCCGCUGAAGAAUUCGACGUCAUAGUCAUCGGCGCCGGAGUCAUGGGAAGCUCGGCCGCUUACCAAACCUCAAAGCGAGGCCGAAAGACUCUCCUCCUAGAACAAUACGACUUCCUCCACCACCGUGGCUCCUCCCACGGUGAGUCACGCACCAUACGCGCUACUUACCCGGAGGACUACUACACUAAUCUCGUCCUCGAGUCCUACGCACUCUGGGAACAGGCAGAGUCUGAAAUCGGCUACAAGGUCUACUUCAAGGCACACCAGUUUGAUAUGGGCCCAUCAGAGUCCAAAAGCCUCCGUGCCGUCAUCACCAGCUGCCGCAAAAACUCCCUCCCUCAUCGGGCCUUAAACAGCCAACAAGUGACCGAGCAAUUUUCGGGUAGGAUUCAGAUACCCGAAAACUGGGUCGGGGUUUACUCGGACAAAGGCGGUGUAAUUAAGCCAUCCAAGGCUGUUUCCAUGUUCCAGACUCUAGCUUUGAAAAACGGCGCCGUAUUGAAGGACAAUAAGGAAGUUAAAGAUGUCAAGAGGAUAGGCGUGGAAAACGGCGGCGUUUUGGUCACCACCGCAAGUGGCGAGAGUUUUCGCGGAAAGAAAUGCGUGGUAACAGUUGGGGCUUGGACACGGAAGUUAGUUAAAACGGUUUGCGGUGUUGAAUUACCGAUUCAGCCCCUAGAGACCACCGUGAGUUAUUGGCGAAUCAAAGACGGCCACGUGUCCGACUACGCCAUCGGCAGCGGUUUCCCGUCCUUCGCAAGCUACGGAGAUCCGUACAUAUACGGAACGCCGUCGUUGGAGUACCCGGGUCUCCUCAAGGUCGGGGUCCACGGCGGGUACCCUUGCGACCCAGAUAAAAGGCCGUGGGGACCUGGGAUGUCGCUCGGGGCCAUGAAAGAGUGGAUUGAGAAGCGGUUUUCGGGUCGAGUAGAUUCAAGCGGACCCGUUUCGACUCAGUUGUGCAUGUAUUCGAUGACCCCAGAUGAGGAUUUUGUGUUGGAUUUCUUGGGUGGGGAGUUUGGGAAAGAUGUGGUGGUGGGUGGUGGGUUUUCAGGUCACGGGUUCAAGAUGGCACCGGUGGUGGGUAGGUUGUUGGCUGAUCUGGCGUUGACUGGGGAAACCAAGGGAGUUGACCUCAAGUACUUUGGGAUAGGGAGGUUUGUCGAGAAUCCUAAAGGUAAUGUCAAAGAUUACGAGGAGCAAGUCAACCUUUUUCUUCGAUCGCUCAUCUGAGUUUUUCCAAGGAUUCUGUUCCUUUCACUUUCAGUAUUUUUAUUUUCAUUGAAAAAUUUCAUGUUACAUGGAAGAUAACAAUGUGAGAUUUUUUAAUGUGCAAACUUAAGUUAUUAUCUUAA